AUGCAGCCCGCGUCAUCCGAAGGCAUCGCUCCCACCCGCCGCCGGCAUCGACUCUCCUCCUCGUCGCCCGCCGCCGCGUCCAAGCGCGCGAAAUUCGGAGACGCGCCGGCCAUGACGAGCGCCCGGGCCAAGGGAAAGCUCCCCGAGACGAUCAUAGACCUCGCAUCUCCGGCUGCCGCUCCCCAGACGCGAUCCUCGUCCGCCUUCCAACCUCAGAGCGGUGCCAAGAAGCUCGUCAUCAAGAACCUACGGUCGAGCUCACGCGAGGCAGACAUCGAGGAGUACUAUGCCCAGAUCACUCGCGAGCUCGAUGCCGCCCUCGGGGCCAUAUUCGUCGGGAGCCGGCCAAGUGUGCCGCUGGAGAAGCUGUAUCGGGGUGUCGAGGAUAUCUGCCGCAAAGGCAACGCCGAAAGCAUGUAUUGCAUGCUCACGAGCCGCAUCGAGGCCCACCUUCACAACGUCGUCCUGCCUCGGAUAAAGCGAUCGGCAGGACCCGUCAACGUCGACAUCUUGAGGAGUCUCUUGGCCGAAUGGAAGGUCUUGAGCGCGCAGGCGAUGUUCAUUCGCUCGAUAUUUAGUUUCCUCGACAGGACCUACCUCCUCCGUCAGUUGCUGCCGUCCAUCAACGACAUGAUCAUUGCCCACUUCCGGAAGAUGAUGUUCCUGCCACCGGACGCCGCGCCGUCGGGCCGAGGGGAAACGAUUGGCGCCAAGGCUGUCUCUGGCGUCUACGACUUGUUCGAGUACGAUCGCUGCGCCGACGAUCGAAUGGAUGCCGAUCUGCUGAAGGAAUCGAUUCGCAUGCUCUACGUACUGGGCAUAUACGUCAAGUACUUUGAGCCGCAGUUCCUGCGCCAAUCCAACGCCUACUUCGAGAACUUUGCUGCCUCACGCAGCGCCUCGAGCCUCAAGGAGUACAUCGCCGCCUGCAAAACGCUCCUGCAGAACGAGGAUUACCGCUGCAUCGCCUACAACCUCGAGAACACGACGGAGAAGCAGCUCAUGGACGCGGCACACGUCGUCCUCAUCGACCGCUACUCCGAGAAACUUCUCCACGGCCAAAAUCUGGCUCACCUGCUGUCGGAAAAGGACGUCAAGUCGAUGAAGGGCCUCUACGAACUCUUGCGGUUGUCGGGCAUACAGAAGAAGAUGAAGGCACCGUGGGGAGACUACAUUCGGACGACGGGCGCAUCCAUCAUCUCCGACACGGAACGGGUGGACGAGAUGGUGCCGCGCCUGCUCGAGCUGCGCCGCUCGCUCGACCUCAUGAUUCGUCACGCCUUUGACGAUGACGACGACUUCCUCUGGGGCAUGCGCGAGGCCUUUGGAAAGUUCAUGAACGACCGCCUCACGGCCGCCUGCUGGGAGUCGGGAACGUCCAAGAUCGGGGAGAUGACGGCCGGGCACAUUGACCUCCUGCUCCGCGGCGGCCUCAAGGCGCUGUCGAAGGAUCUCGUGUCGGACGCGGCCGAGAACGAGCUUCCGGUCCCGGCCAGCAGCGCCGACGAGGACGCCGAGCUCGACCGGCAGCUCGACCAGGCUCUCGAGCUCUUCCGCUUCAUCGAGGGCAAGGACACGUUUGAGGCCUUCUACAAGAAGGACCUUGCCCGACGGCUCCUCAUGGGCCGCAGCGCAAGUCAGGACGCCGAGCGGAUGAUGCUCACCAAGCUCCGCGGCGAGUGCGGCUCCAACUUCACGCACAACCUGGAGCAGAUGUUCAAGGAUCAGGAGCUGGCCAAGGACGAGAUGGACGCGUAUCGACAGUGGUGCAAAGCCAACGAGCAGGAGAAACCCGCCGUCCAGCUCUCCGUCAUGAUUCUCUCGGCCGCCGCGUGGCCGACCUAUCCGGACACGCGCAUGGGCCUACCGGACGAGGUGGCGGCGCAGGUUGACCAGUUCGACCGUCACUACAGGACGAAGCAUACGGGCAGGAUACUGACGUGGAAGCACUCGCUCGCUCACUGCUCACUCGUGGCCACCUUUCCCAAGGGGAGCAAGGAGCUGCUCGUCUCUGCCUUCCAGGCCGUCGUCCUCGUCCUCUUCAACGCCGUCCCGGACGGUGGCUUUCUCUCGUACGCGCAGAUAGCGACGGCGACGGGCCUCAACGGCUCCGAGUUGGAUCGGACGCUGCAGUCGCUGGCCUGCGGGAAGGUGCGGGUGCUGGCCAAGCAUCCCAAGGGUCGUGAUGUGAGAGUGACGGACACCUUCACCUUCAACGAAGGCUUCACGGAUGCCAAGUACCGAGUGAAGAUCAAUCAGAUCCAGCUGAAGGAGAGCCGAGCGGACAACAAAGCGGUGAAUGAGCGGGUUGCGCAGGAUAGACGAUUCGAGACUCAAGCAGCCAUCGUGCGCAUCAUGAAGAGCCGCAAGAGCAUGGGCCACGCCGAACUCGUCGCCGAGGUGAUCAACCUGACGAAGAAGCGAGGCAGUGUCGAGCCGGCUGCGAUCAAGAAGGAGAUUGAAAGUCUUAUGGAGAAGGAUUAUAUUGAGCGCGAGGGCAACGUUUACACCUAUCUUACUUGA